CCGAUUCUCCCAUUGUAUGCGACUUUCCAAACAUUCCCAUCAUUACUGCUUCCUCCUCUUUUUUCCUCUUUUAUAAUUCUAGCAUUUUCGCCACAAUGAUCAGCAGUGUGUUUUAGAUUCAGUGAGAGAAAAAAAGAAAAAAGAUGGCAGUUUCACCUGAAACAAUGCCGGAGAAUUCUGUCAUCGACUUCCGUGCACCGCCGCCGUCUCCGAUCGCCUCUGGACGGCGAUCCUGCGUCACGAACGAUGAAAUCCUCACGGAAUUUCUAGAAAAUUCGCUCAAAGUCCCAGACCUCAGGCUUCCUGAUCGAGUCUUCCCCAGGCAAAAAUCCAUUCGCAAUCCAUCAAAACUCAAUUAUGAGUCCUUAGCGUCGUUAAACAAUGACUCAAUUUCGAAAAUUCUGGAUUCGGUUGCAACGAUUGGGUGCUUUGAGGUGGUUAAUCAUGGAAUUUCAGGAGAUCUCAUCAAAUCAGUCUUGUCCGUCGAUGACGGAAUCUUCGGGAUUUCACGGGAGGGAAAGGCAAAAUUGAUGAGGUUAUCGGAGAAGCCAUAUGGAUUUGAGGAGUUUCACGGAGAGGAAGAUAGAGAGACGAGUGAAGAAUUCGUUUGGUGCAGAGGUGAUCAAAAUUUCAACAAGGAAAUGGAGGGAGUUUGGCCUAUUGGAUUUUCGAAUUUCAGUGAAAAGAUGGAAAAGCUUUUGGAUGAAAUGGAACACAAAGCUGGACGAAUCCUACAAUUCCUGCAGCAGAAUACUCCUAAAAAAUUAAUCCAUGAAAAUGGUGAGAUGCAGGAGCAAUUCGGAGAACUGCCAGCAAACUCCAUCUGUUAUCUACACAAGCAUAAGGGAAGUAUAAAAGGAGAUGAAGAGUACAUGAACACCUUGAAAUAUGAUGUGAUUAGAAUGUUGAUAAGAGGAUCCGAGUUUCCUCAUUCAUUGUGUUUGCAUGUUAGCAAUGGUUGCUCAGAGUUUCAUGUUUAUUCCAAGAAAGGCUGGGUCUCUUUUCAGCCUGAUAAAAACUCCCUUAUAGUCACCAUUGGAGAUCUCUUACAGACAUGGAGUGGUGGACAAUACAAGCAUGUGAUAGGAAGGCCAGUUUUUCAAGGUCAAACAGAGGACUGCAUUUCUAUGGCUUUACUAUUUUCUCCUCCUAAGAUCACAGAAGACUCUACUAAGCAUGAAAAAGAGAAGACCCUUUCAAUUGGGCAACAAUUCAUUAUUGCUAUAGCGUUUACGCUUAUUUACAAUUUCUUGAUUUAUAUCUAUAAGGAGUUUUGAAGAUCUUUUACUAUGUUUUGCAUAUACAGGCUGUGGAAUCAUGGAGUCAUCAGUUUCAUUUUCUUUUGAAUUUCUUUCCCGUUAAAUUGUACAUGGUUUCUGGAUAUGUUUAUUUAGUUAAAUGACGAUUCUAAGAA